AGAUCAUUUGUAUGAAUCUGCAGGGCUUGUGAUAGUGACACCCCGUGGUGCGUUGUUUUGUGUGGCCAGGACGAGCGCAGGGUGGUGUACGUGGGCCGCAUCCAGAGGACCAUGAUGCACGCGGAGCUGAGAGAACGCUUCUCUCUGUUUGGAGAGGUGGAGGAAUGCACCCUGCACUUUAGAGACAGGGGCGACAACUACGGCUUUGUGACGUUCUACAACAUGAAAGAUGCGUUCGCAGCCAUCGAGAACGGUUACAAGCUGAGGAGACCUGACGAGCUGCCCUUUGACCUCUGCUUCGGGGGCAGGCGUCAGUUCUGCAAAUCUACGUACGCCGACCUAGAUUCUAAUCGGGAAGAGGAGGAACCCACUCCAGCGAAAAAUGAAGAGGAGGAGCUGGACUUUGACACUCUAUUGAAGCAGGCACAGAAAGGCUUGAAGCGGUAGCAGAGUCCUGGAGGAAGAGAGGGAGCCAAGAAAGGAAUGAUGGAGAGAAGGUCCCAAAUGUCACCCUAUUCCCUAUAGAGGGUACUAACCUUAGGGUUCUGGUCCCAAAGCAGUGCCCUCUAUAGAAGGGAACGGGGUGUUAUUUGGGACUGAGCCAACAAGUUAGCAAGACUUACCUCAGAGCUACACACAUGCACAUACUUUAACGUUGUAGAAAUGUUGUUUUAACUUGUAUUGGUUCACUGUUAUCAACUCAUUUUAUUUACUGUGAUAACACAACUUUGUUGAUGCAGUAAAAAGAAUCAUAGGAAAAUGAUUAGAAUAUAACGUUGUUUUUUUGUAUUUUUUUAAGAAGGCUCUUUAAAUAUCUUUGUUUGCACUAAUAUUGCACUUGUAAGCUUUGCUUUACUCUUGUCUGUUACAAUGUUUAAAACGUUGAGAUUCCCUUAAGUCAUUUUAUUCCCAAUUAUGAACCUGUUCUUUAUGAAUGAAUAAAGACUAUUAUUGUGUCAUCCUGAACUAGUGUUCAUCCCAUUGCCCCGACUGGAUGGAUCCAUGGACUGACAGAUGAAGGAAUAUCUCUACACUGUCAGUCUUCUUAAAGUGGAAAUGAGUUGCUUAGUAAAACAGCCAACCUUUUGGCUUUGAAGCUCACAAUGUAGAAAAUAAUUAACCUGCAACACUAUACAUUUCCAAAACUACAUUGCCUUUGAAAAGGAUGGUACAAGGUAAUCACAAGCGAGAGACUAGUUUAAGAUGAAGAUGAAUUAAGUUACAGUAGACUUGUGAACUAAUGCCAGCUUUUUUUAUUUGACACGUUGAUAAAAUGGGAGAGCGGACCCUUUAAAGGAAAUUGUACACUGUCUCUUUAAGCACACACCAACCAGUAGCCCUACGUCGAUCCACGCGCAUAGUUAACUAAAACAAUAUUUUCUUCAACUUUUAAUUAUGAUUCUUCCUAUGAUUGGCAUUACACUGUCUAAUUGUGUAAUACAACUUGUAUCGCUUUAUUUGGCGAGCUACUGAGUCUGCGCACUAGAGAGCAAUAAGGAACUCAACUAUCAUUCUAAUAAAAUCCCAUGCAGAGCUACGUGGUUGACACAAACACAACUAGGCCAUUUUGAGUGAUCGAUUGUCAUUGAGUAACUUUACUUAGCUCGAUGUGCUACUAAAGGCUUCAUCUAACGCCAGAUCAAAUCAUCUCCGGGACAGGUACACAAAUUGAAACUACCUAGAACUUGGAGAAAACCAUGCCGAAGCCGAGCGCUACCAAGGCGACAGGGAAGACCCGCAGGUUCAUCAGUGGUGUGGUGGAAGGCUUUUACGGGCGACCAUGGACUAUGGAACAGAGGACUGAGCUUUUCCAAAGGGAGAAGAAGUGGGGUCUGAACACGUACCUCUACGCCCCUAAAGAUGACUACAAACACAGAAUGUACUGGAGGGACCUGUACUCACCUGAGGAGGCAGAGAAACUGGUUGCUCUGAUAACUGCAGCGAAGAAGAACGGAGUGGACUUCAUCUACGCCAUUUCCCCUGGACUGGACAUCACAUUCUCCAACCCCAAAGAGGUUGCCACCCUGAAGAGGAAACUGGACCAGGUAAUGAACUAUGGUAACAUGGAACUGGACCAGGUGAUGUUCCAGAACUAUGGUAACCUAGAACUGGACCAGGUGAUGUUCCAGAACUAUGGUAACCUAGAACUGGACCAGGUGAUGUUCCAGAACUAUGGUAACCUAGAACUGGACCAGGUGAUGUUCCAGAACUAUGGUAGCCUAGAACUGGACCAGAACCAUGGUAACCUAGAACUGGACCAGGUGAUGUUCCAGAACUAUGGUAACCUAGAACUGGACCAGGUGAUGUUCCAGAACCAUGGUAACCUAGAACUGGACCAGGUGAUGUUCCAGAACUAUGGUAACCUAGAACUGGACCAGAACCAUGGUAACCUAGAACUGGACCAGGUGAUGUUCCAGAACCAUGGUAACCUAGAACUGGACCAGGUGAUGUUCCAGAACCAUGGUAACCUAGAACUGGACCAGGUGAUGUUCCAGAACUAUGGUAACCUAGAACUGGACCAGAACUAUGGUAACCUAGAACUGGACCAGGUGAUGUUCCAGAACUAUGGUAACCUAGAACUGGACCAGGUGAUGUUCCAGAACUAUGGUAACCUAGAACUGGACCAGGUGAUGUUCCAGAACUAUGGUAACCUAGAACUGGACCAGGUGAUACCCCAGAGAAUCUUCAUGGGACCAUACAAGGAUCGUCCCACAGACCUGAUCCCCAAGCUGAGAGGGGUGCUGACCAACCCUAACUGUGAGUACCACCCUAACUUCGUGGCGAUCCACACCCUGGCGACGUGGUGCCGGUCUGAAGGAGGAAGAGUAGGAGGACAGAGAGACGUGGAGAUGAGUGGUGAUGAUGAUGAUGAGGCAGGCUCAGACCCCUGCUACAGCCCCAAGAGAGCCCUCACCCUGGCCCUGACUGACUGGCUACAGGAGUUCCUCAGCACGGACCAGCCUGGAGGCCCUCGACCUCUGAACCCCACCCAUCUGAAGAAAGAGUCCUCUGACGAGGAGCCCAUGCAGACUGACGUGGGAGACCCCGUGUACGUGCCAGGUUCUGGGGACAACCCCCUGUUCACUGCAGAACCCCUGACCCUGGACGAUCUCCAGCUUCUCUCAGAACUGUUCUACCUGCCGUAUGAACACGGUUCUACUGCUAGAACCAUGCUGACGGAACUGGACUGGCUGAAAGCACACAGAGACGCAGUGGGAGAUGCAGAGACUGAGCUGACAGCAGAGUGGCGUUCCAGGGCAAAGUGUUUUGACGUGAUGUGUGUUGCUGUGUUUACCAUGUUUAACCGCCUGUCCAACGCCCCCAACCGGAGCAUCCUCUACGACCUCUACAACUACAUCUGUGACAUCAAGAGUGGUGUCACCCUGGCCCGCGCCUACGUCAAACAAUUGGGGGGGCAGAGUAGGCCCUCAGCCCAGCUGAUGACUGAUGACCCAGAGCCCUGGGGGUUUAGAGGGGGUCUCUCCGGGGAGUUCCAGAGAAUGCUGCCUUGCCAUGGUAACAGAGAUCUGUUCCGUCACCCUCCUAUGACAUCAGUGUAUUCUAUACGACCCUGCUGCCCAGAAGACAAGACUGAGAUACAGAAGAUCCACAUGGAGAUGCAGAGAGGAGAGGCCAAGGCUCCUGCAGCAGCACGACCUGCUCUGAUCAGUGAUGGGCUAGCAGGAGGGCAGCUGUCCCCCUCCCCAAACUGUGGUCUGGUUCUGGAGGAUGAGAGGGGGGUGUGUGGGUACGCCCUGGGCCUCACUGACGCCACAGCAGCUGCACUGAACAACCAGAGGACGUUGCCAGGAGACUUCCCUUCCUUGGUAACCAUGCAGCUCCAUCCCCGGGUUACAGACCCCGCCCCCGCCAGGCGUAUGAUUGGCAGCCUGCUCUCGUUGAUGAAGACCAGUGGUUCCAGAGGUGUGUUCUGUGAGCUGAGGCAGGGUGACAGGAGGAUGUUUGACUUCUACUCUAAACUGGGCUCCUUCACAACGCUCAAAAUAGCGGGGCUGCCUCAGGACGUCGUCGCCAUGGGAACCAGCUUGUAAACUUGCCACCACAUUUGCACUACUACAUCGUCAGGUUUUUAAAAUGACCUUUUGGAGAACCGGGACGAGAACGUUUGAUUAAUUCAGCUGCUUAUGAUGGCCAUGUCUCAAUCAAUUACUAUAGGAUGAUGUGUGAGAUGUAUCUGAUCAAGUUGGUCAAUGGGAUCCACAUUGUUUGACUGAGUAUUUGUGGAACGAAUCUUUGUAAUUUCCGUCUUCACAAUCCCAUAUUAAUGGAAUGAUAACUUGAAGUGAAUGAUUGACGCGUUUAAAUCAGCCUGUAAGAGGAUCUAACUCAUGUACUGCAUCUGUUGAUCAAUAAAGAUUAGAAAAAUGUGAA